UGUAUUGUAAGUUUGAAAUUAAAUGCUUCAAAUUCCACUUGUAAAUCAAUUUAAUACGGUUUUAAAACGCUAUUCUGUAUUCAAAAUGGCAUCGGCUUCAAAGAAACGCAAAACUUCCAUUCCUAUGGCAUUAGGUAAAAGCAAUGAAAGUACAAGCACCAUUGAAGAGUUUCUGAAAAAACUACAAAAAAAGCGCGAAGAAACGGCUGAGUCUAUUUUGAACUUUGAUUUCAACAAAAAACGCAUUCGAAUAAUAUCUCAAGAACAAAUUAUACCUGACGAUUGCGAUGGUGUUGUAUACUGGAUGUCUAGAGACAGCCGUGUUCAGGAUAAUUGGGCUUUCCUUUUUGCACAAAAACUGGCCUUGAAAAACGAAGUACCGCUUCAUGUAUGUUUUUGUUUAAUUUCGAAGUAUCUGGAUGCGUCCUUGCGACAAUUUCAUUUCCUUGUAAGAGGACUAGAAAAAGUAGCUGCAGAGUGUAAGAAACUAAACAUACAAUUCCAUUUAUUAGAAGGUAGUGGUGCCGAAGUGUUACCUCAAUGGGUAGUAGAUCAUAAUAUUGGUGUGGUUGUGUGUGAUUUCAAUCCACUUAGGGUCCCUAUGGGCUGGUUGGAUGGAGUAAAGGGAAAACUUAGGAAAGAUGUGCCUUUAAUUCAGGUUGAUACUCACAAUGUAGUUCCAUGUUGGGUGGCAUCAGACAAACAGGAGUAUUCUGCAAGGACUAUCAGGAAUAAAAUUAAUUCAAAACUUGAUGAGUUUCUCACCGAAUUCCCCCCAGUUAUAAAACAUCCAUAUUCCAGCAAAUUUGAAGCAGAGCCCAUUGACUGGCAUGAAGCCAUUGAGACGAGAGAAGCAGAUAAAUCAGUUGGUCCUGUUGAUUGGGCUAAGCCUGGUUAUGAUGAAGCUGUGAAAAUGAUGAAAAGUUUUCUUGACAAGAGAUUAAACAUAUAUGCCAGUAAAAGGAAUGACCCAACUCAGGAUGCCUUGAGCAAUCUCUCACCUUGGUUCCACUUUGGUCAAAUAUCAGUACAAAGGGUAGCCUUAUGUGUACAAGAAUACAAAUCAAAAUUUACUGAAAGUGUGAAUGCAUUUCUGGAAGAAGCUAUAGUCAGGCGAGAACUAGCUGACAACUUUUGUUUCUAUUGUGAACAUUACGACAGUGUAAAGGGUGCUAGUGCGUGGGCCCAAAAAACUUUGGAUGAUCACAGAAAAGACAAGAGAACUCACAUUUAUACUCUAGAAAAACUUUCUAAAGGUGAAACUCAUGAUGACUUAUGGAAUUCAGCUCAGCUACAACUUGUUAAAGAAGGCAAAAUGCAUGGCUUUUUAAGAAUGUAUUGGUGUAAGAAAAUAUUGGAAUGGACUCCUACUCCGGAGGAUGCUCUUAAAUAUGGAAUAUAUUUGAACGACCACUAUAGUAUCGAUGGGAGAGAUCCAAGUGGAUUUGUAGGCUGCAUGUGGUCGAUAUGCGGCAUCCACGACCAAGGCUGGGCAGAACGCGCCGUCUUCGGUAAAAUAAGAUACAUGAAUUACGACGGGUGUAAGCGUAAGUUCGACAUCAAAGCCUUCAUUGCCAGGUACGGAGGGAAGGUACACAAAUAUAUACCUAAAAAGUAGGGUAUUUGGACACGUUUUUAUUUAAACGCUUUCUUAUCUGUUCAGUACAAAUUUUUGAAUCUAUUAUAAUAUAUUCAAUUAAUGUGAUUUUUAACUUAAAAGUUGCUCAGAAUUGAGCAAUGCUAUAUUAAGUAAUUUUAAUAAUUUUAC